GCUCAUUUAGCUCGAGCUUCAGCAUUUGCGCCGACAUCACUUGCGCCCACAUCGACCUUUUCGCCUAUCGCGUCAUGGAGGCCGUGCCCAAGACCGACGCCAAGAGCCCCCCAGUGGCGCCCAAGGCACCGGUGGCCGAGGCGCCUGCGACACCGGAGAAACUCGUUGCGUCCUCUCCGGAAGCCUCACCUUCGCGCCUGGCCGCACUCAAGGAGGAGGGCGCCAAGGUCCUGAGCGAUGCGAAAGCCAAGGCCCGUGACGUGGCAGCCAAGGUGCAAUCGGUUGAGCCAGUGACAGUGGUCUUGACCAAGGCGUCCGAGAUGAGGCAGUCCGCGACCACUGCGGCGGCCGCCACCACGGGGGCCGCCAUGGACCGUUGGGGCCAACUCAAGAGCGCGGCAGGCAACAGCUACGCAUCCUUGAAAGAGAACGGCGUGAAAGCUUGGGUCUCUGAGAAUGCGGUGGCCGCGAAGGGCUUGGCAGCACGUCAAUUGCAGUGGUCCCUGGACACCACCAAGAGCAUGGUGGAUUCGGUGAAGGCCGCCGCCACCAGCCGAGCACAGGAGACCCUCAAGAGCAUCCAGGGCACCUAUGCUAAGGGGAAGACCCACGCAGCCAGCGCCUUGGCGAACGCCAAAGACAAGGCAUCUCAGGUCCAGAGCAAGGCGAAAGACACGGCCAGCGCCGCACAUUCCAAGGCCAAGGAGGUGGUCACGGACAAGCACGUGCAAGCCACCGCUGCGGGUGUCUUGGGCGGCGCAGCCACCCUGGGCGCCAGUGGAGGCGCCACCGGUCUCGCGGCUGGCACUGUGGUGGGCGCAGCUGUGGGAGUUCUUCCGGCCCUCUUCACCUUCGGCCUCUCCAUCCCCUUGGGGGCAGCCAUUGGCGGUGGCGCAGGCCUCGCCGUCGGCGCCUCUGUGGGCGCUGCUGCGGGCGGCGUGGCGGGCGGCGCGGCCGGGCACCAGGCCUACGCCAAGCGGGAGCAGAUCGGAGAGUUCAGCACGAACACCAUGAACAAGGUCACGACUGGGGUGGAUGCGGUCAAGGGUAAGGUCACCACUGGUGUUGAUGCGGUCAAGGGCAAGGCUGUGGCCUCGGCGCAGUACCUCAAGGACCGAGCAUCUCAGGCCCGCGAGCGCCUGGGACGUAAGGCCUAGGCGCCUCUCGCAGCCACCGGUGCUGCCACAUGGGAUGAAGGCCGUGAGCGAGGGUCGUUGGAGCGGAACGGCCGGGUCGUUGAGAGAAACUCUCAAGUCGUCGAUCUCCGGUGGUGACCGUGGUGUCUCAUGAUUUCAUUGCUUCCCAGGCCAGUCAA